UUGAGGAGAGCUUUACAGUAUAUGAAGACUAACUUCAAAGCUUUUUUAAAUUUUUUAUCUGUGUUCAUAGUGCUAAAAAAGAGCAUUUUUACAUGGUGACUUGAGGUUUUAGGAAACACGAACACAAAUCCAGGCUAAAGUGCGGCGAUGUGAGCACACGUGCAGUGAUUGUGUGUGCGAGCAAACACGCUUUUGAUUCGCCACUUCUCUGUCACGUGACCCCACAUCCGCUCCCUGACUGUUGCUGUUUGGCAGCUAUGACAACGAACUUUGAAAGUUAGAUGAAUGGCCUCGGUGAAGAAGAAGUUUUCUUCCUCUAUAGGGUAUCAACAUUGUCUGAAAUGCACGGUGUACUUGGACAUUCAGGCAGUCACAUGCCCGGGAGUGCUACUGUCUAAGAAGUAUGAUAUCUACCUCCGUGUCUGCAUCAUGGGCCAGUACAGGAAGACUGCCUGUGUGCCUCCGGACUUCCCUUUGCUUUUCCAGCACAAAAUGGUUUUUGUCAAGAUAUUCCCCGGCGUUGUUGACCCUGCUGAUGUAGCUGACCUCCUCGAAGCUGACACAACAUCUUUUGAGCUGAUUCAGUUGGUGCCUCCAGAAGGUGAGGUACUUGCCACAAUGGAGGAAAGCAGCAGAGAUUUCCUGUAUCCAGGUCCCAGGUGGAGCUCAAGAGUCGCAGAGCGAGAAAUACUGAUGAAAAGAUCAUCCUCAUUUCCUGGAAUCUCCCCUAAAGUAGUGUUUUCCACGACAUCAGUCAUAGAAGACAGUGAUGGGAGAGACAACCGGACAGCCUCACCUUUUGGCUGUGUUUCUCCAGCGAGGCCAUCCUUAACCCUUUCCAGACGGAGUUCAGCAAAAAAGCCUACCAGCGGGCAUUUUUCCAAAGCAGAUGGUGGGAAGUGUGUCUCUUUGAAAAGUGGGAAGGACAAGCUGAGUGUUGAUGCUAAAAUUACAAACUCUGCACCGUCAUCAACAUCCAGGCAAUCCCCGCCAGGCCGCAGUCCUCCAAAAAACAAGAAGGGAAAAAAAUGCGCCCUAUCCGGAGUUUCUGCCGAGCGCGGCUACCAGCAGCCCACCGUUUCCUCAAGGACGCGAGCCCUGUCUCCUUACACCCACCGAAGGAUGUGCCAGCUGUCCGAGGAUGCCAGGCAGAGGCUCAGCCACCUCCAGCUGGGGCCUCACUACUUUAGGAAAGAAACCGAGAGCCCGACGCCCUUCUUGGUUUCUCGCUGCAGCGACGUCUCUGAGAUGGGAACGUUUUCCUCCUGUGCACUAAAUACUAGCGUUCAUCGGCGCUCCGUGAGCUUCUCGGCUGACCCCACAGAUUCUUCUCUGCUUGGGAGUUACAGGCCAAGAACAGCGAGAGUGGAAUCGGGAUUUGUGAGGGAGGACUCUCCUCCAAAGACUCCAUCCCGACAUGAACCCCAAAUUAAAGGCCUGCUUAGAAGUUCUGCCUCAGCUCCCUCCAACCUGACUGUACAAAACUCCAGAAAUCCUUUGAGUCGCAGCAGCCAUUCCCUCAGAGAAAGACUCAGAGCCAGUCAGACCAGUCCUCCACACUGGGAGCAAAUCCAUAGCCGAGUCCAGAGGAUUCUUCAGACUCACAAAACAAACCUGGACCAAAGAGCAAGCUUUGACCUUUAACCCUCUGAUCUGACUUAGAAGAGACCAAAUUAUGGAAGUUGCCGUACUCAGAGUUUUAAUUAUUAGAGCAGUAACUGAUAAUGCACAUAUCACAGUCAUAUUUAAAAACAGGUUCUGCAGGCUACCAGUUUUGUACAUACAGACACUAACACGUUAGCCUGUCACAGAUAUGCACAUGUAUCUUAAUUAAGCUCUAUUUCUUGUUCAUUUAAAUUGCAAACCUUCCCAGCACGUGCUGAUUUGCUUUUGUUGGUGCAGAGGUUACAUUCAAAAGCAUCGAGGCACCACUUCACUCCCACCUCUCAGCUGGGCUCUUUUUUUUUUUUUAAAGAAAAAACCUGAUGCUGUAACUGAAGUGAGACAUCGCCUAAUUUCGCUAAAGCUGUGUGUGAAAUUGGCUCAGGUAUAAAGAAGCUACAGUUUAUGUGCGUGUGCGCGCGUAGGAAGUGACAUAGUGGAUGUAAGCUGCAGCUGUUAAGGGCUCAUCUCUUGCAACACAAAGAAGAGACAAGACGGUAGCCAAGAGCCACUGUUGGGAUCCAAGAGCUACAAGAGACUGCAGAGAUUUGAGAGGGAGAGUGAGGAGGAACAAAGGUAAUCCUGAAUGAAAGCACAGCAGACACAGAGCUUUAAUGAAAAAAAUUAAGGCAUUCGCUUUCACAGCCUUUACACCGAAACAUCUGAAGUGUGUGUAAUGUUUCUGUGCUACUGACACACAGGUCGUGUGACACAGAGGUAUUUUAUUCUGCUGUCAGAGCGUGGAGGCUCGUUUCACCUUGAAUUGGAACUACAGCAGAUAACGACGCAGUUUUGGUUCUUCGGCAGCUGUUUUUGUGAGUGGUUGUUGUUAACAUAAUGCAACAUACAGCUGCACGACUUUACAGAGACUUGUAAGUGGAGGGAUUUAACCAUGCUAAGGUAACUUCAGGGUUAACCCUGAUUUUUCAGUAUUACAGGAGCAAUAAGUUUAACACCAAAAUUUCAGCAAAGAACAUUUUGACAACCCCAAAGUUUUUGUUUCAGAUCACGAGCUCUUAGAAAAUUAAUGAAUUGCACCAUGAUUUUUAAA